GAGAAGAAAAAAACAAACGGGACACGUGACCUAACGUGAAACCGGCGCGCGACGAGGGCGGUGACAGCUCGGGAGGACAUCGUCCCGUCCACCAUCUAUGGCCCCGCCGCGAUAAAUAACUAACCCGUGCUAGCUUAACACCCAAACACCGUUUCACCCCCCCUCCGGUGCCCGUUACCGAAUUACUCCGGUAACGUUAGCAGCGUGAGCGAGAGGUUGCUAGCGGGCCGGUUGACGGUGUGCAGCCGAGGCGAGUGAAAGACAAUACGCGGUGGAACAGGCACAGAUAGAGGUCGAAGACAUUCUCUGUCCAGUGUUAAACUAUGAGUGAAGCUGGUCUUUGUGUCUUCAUCGUGUGAAUUUACUAAUGCUAAUUGAUGUGGCUUGAUGGCUAUUUAGCAAGACCUGACUGAGGCUACCAAUCCUUGUUCAAAACAGCUAAGUGUAUGUGCCGGUGACGUCAGCCAUGUUUUGGAAGUUUGACCUGCACACAUCUUCUCAUCUGGAGGCUAUACUGGACAAGGAGGAUGUCACACUCGCUGAGCUCAUGGAUGAGGAAGAUGUGCUGCAGGAGUGCAAGGCUCAGAACAGGAGACUUCUCCUGUUCCUGUGCCAGGAACAGUGCAUGCAGGAGCUGGUCUGUAUGAUUACUACAGAGCCCCCUGCUGGUGGAGAGGAGACACAGCGUUUCAAGUAUCCAAAUAUAGCUUGUGAGCUGUUGACAUGUGAUGUGGGAGUGAUCAAUGAUAAGCUGGGUAAUGAGGAGUCCCUGCUGGAAACUCUGUAUGCCUUCCUGGAGCAGCCGUCCCCACUUAACCCCCUCCUGGCGUCUUUCUUUAGCAAGACAAUUGGGAACCUCAUCACACGGAAAACUGAGCAGGUGAUUAAUUUUCUGCGAAGGAAAGAGGGAUUCCUUUCCCUGGUCCUGAAGCAUAUUGAUACAUCAGCCAUGAUGGAUGUGCUCCUACGACUCAUCAGCUGUGUGGAGCCAGCCCCUCUUCGACUCGAGACUCUUACUUGGCUGAAUGCAGAGAAGUUGGCAGAGAGACUCGUAGAGCUUAUUCACCCUGAGAGAGAUGAAGAGAGGCAGUCCAAUGCAUCUCAGACUCUGUGCGACAUCAUUCGUCUGAGCAGAGACCAGGCCAAUCAGCUCCAAGAUAUUUCACAACCUGACCCUUUGCUGUCUGUGCUGGAGUCGCAGGAGUGUGUGGAGCAGUUGUUGCAGAAUAUGUUCUCGGGAGAGAGGACCGAGAGCUGUAUCGUCAAUGGGAUUCAAGUUCUUCUCACAUUGCUGGAAAUCAGGAGGCCUGUGGUGGAUGGUGUAAUGGAUGCUCAGGGAUUUGAGAGAAGUUACACUGUUAACAGCAGCAUCUUGUUGGCCAUUGAACCACACCUGGUACACUUCCACCAACUGCUUCUGGAACCUCCUAAGAGACAUCCUAUACUGACCAGCCUGGGUGUGCUGAAGGAACCACUGGGAAACACUCGUCUGCAUGUAGCUAGACUAGUUGCCUCUCUGCUGUACACCAGCUCUGCCAGCCAUGCAGUCGUAGCACAGGAACUUUGCAGACUUAAUACAAUGGACCUGCUUCUGGACUUGUUCUUCAAGUACACGUGGAACAACUUCCUGCACCUCCAAGUGGAGCUUUGUGUUGCAGCCAUCCUCCGACCCUGUGCCCAUGAAAUGAGACUCCAGCCUGGUUUGGGAGCUCAGGACAAAUUCAGGCUUCAUCAGGAUGCAUCACAAGAGCAUGCUUUUACUGAGACCCCCACUCCAGAACCUUCAAUCACCCCUGAAAACUCUGCACAUAACUUAAUGGUGACUCAUUUGUUUCAUCACUGCCACCUUGUCCAGAGGAUUCUUAAGGCUUGGGAAGACAAUGAUAGAAUACAAUCAGAAGGUGGUAUGAGAAGAGGUUAUAUGGGGCAUCUGACCCGGAUUGCCAACACAGUGGUCCACAACCUGGAGAAGGGCCCGGUUCAUACACAGAUUAGUAGCCUAAUCACAGAUCUGCCAGAGGACUACAGAGGACGCUGGGAAACCUUUGUGGACCAGACCCUGUCCGAGACCAAUAGGAAGAACACCAUAGACCUGGUUGGCACGGGAAACCCACGUCCUUCCUCAGAAGAUGAUAUGGAGAGCCCCUUCCCUAAAGAACUGACACUCCAGCAGGCCUUUUCAGACUACCAGAUUCAGCAGAUGACUGCUAACUUUGUGGAUCAGUUUGGCUUCAAUGACGAGGAGUUCACUGAUCAUGACGACAGCAUUGGGGCGACGUUUGACAGGAUUGCUGAGAUAAAUAUCAACAUCGACUCAGGCCAGGACAGUGCUAAUACCGCUGUGUUUGAGGCCUGUUCCAAGGAGAGGAUUCAGCCCUUUGACGAUGAUGAAGAGGACAUCUGGGAGGAGAAAGAGAUCAACUAUGCAACACAAACAAAAUCCCGAAACAGGUUCGGUGGGUCACAGUCCUCCCAGAGCCAAGUUGACAAUAAGGCCUGUGACAGGGCAUCAGCUUCUGGCACUGAGGUCUCUGACAGCGCAGCAGACUCCGACUCAGAGGAAGGAGAGGAGCCCAAAGACGCCUCAGAUCCUUUCUCAAGCCAAGGCCAGACUGAGGCAGCAAAGAGCACUGGCUGGAUAGCAGACUUCGGGGAGGUGAACUCGAAGGCUCCUGCAGCAGGCGUGGGCUUUGCAGCGUGGGACACGCCACUCUCCCAACCAGCUGCCGCAGAUGGAGAGGAGAAGGGGUGGGCCAAGUUUACGGACUUCCAGCCUUUUUGUUGCUCUGAAACAGGCCCUAGAUGCAGUUCUCCUGUGGACUCUGAGCUCAGCGGAUCCGAAAACACCAAAACAAACCAGAACCCUUGUGUGUGGAGUGUGUGUGUGGCGAGAAAAGCUCCACUGGUGGCGUCAGACAGCUCUUCCUCCAGCAGUUCUGACAGCGACGAGGAAGAAGGCAAGACUGUGUCUACAUCCAGUGAGACGGUCACCACAGAGACCAUCACUACUGGUGCUGGCAAGGAGACCAUUCGGCUCACCAUGGAUGCUAAAAAUGAGAGGGCAGUCUUCAGCAGAGUAUUCAGACCAGCAGUCAGACGUGAAGCGGUUAAGGUGCCAAUAGAGGGGCUCACAGUGCAAGACACAGGGACAGGCAAUGAUAAAGACAACGAAAAAGGAAAGAAUAAUGGAGACUGUCCCAACCCAACAACUGCCAGUUCAUCUAACCAGUCAGCUGCUGUCACACAAGAGACGCAGCCCUCUGCUAAUGGACCGGCCUAGUGAUACGGUACAGGGACACACACAAAGCACUUAUCACCACUUCAUUCAAUAUACAGCCAUGGCCACGCCACCUUUGCUCCCCGUUAGCAUCUCUUCAAAACCCCUGUCUGUGUCCAAAGAAUGGGAGAUCCUUAAUGUCAAACAGCCCUUAACAGUAUGUAUGUUGGAUGGCACAAAUGUGCACAUGGGCUGUUACUGCACUUCAUGACACGAUUAACUCUGGUCCACGUCAAAGGAGAGUGUGUGUUCUGAGCAUUUCAUCUUGCCGAUAGCCACGUUACGUUAAAUACGAAAGAUUUCUAGAUCAAAUUUUUACAUUGAACCUGGGAAAGUAAAGCACUCUGGUGACACUAGGUGUGUGAGCGCCAGCUGUGGCCCUCAAAUCUUAAGAAAACAAACACAUCAGUCUGACAUUUGGAUUAAGAUUAUGGAUUAAAUUCAGCCUCAGAUUUUCGGGGCAUUAAAUUACAGCCCAGUGCAUUUUUCUAGAAAAGCAUUUAAUUGUUUACACUUUAGUAAAUAAAUUGUAUUUAAAUUGUCAGCCAAGAUUCCAGAAGCCAAGAUGCUUGCAAAGCUAGCUGCCAUUUUGUCUUGAGCAUUUGGAUGUACAUGCCGGGCAGAUGAUUUAUUAGUGCAAAUGUGUGAGUGAUAAUUUGGCUUUUUUCAAACUUGCAACCUGAACAUUUCUCUCUCGACUAUCUCAUUAGAUUUCUUUACUUUUCUCAUGUGGAACAGGAAUUCUCUCUUUUUUUUGUUCAGUUAGGUAGUUUAGAGGUGUGUGUGUGUGUGUGUGUGUGUGUGUGUGUGUGUGUGUGUGUGUGUGUGUGUGUGUGUGUGUGUGUGUGUGUGUGUGUGUGUGUGUGUGUGUGUGUGUGUGUGUGUGUGUGUGUGUGUGUGUGUGUGCUCUGUCUAAGGUACAAGAGUGCAUUCUCAGGUCUAAGGAGGGGUAUGCAGAUAUAAAGAAAGCACACCUGUGUAACACACACACACACACACACACAGACAGUGGCAUACACGUGUAUACGUGGCCAUACACACGUGCAAAUGACCAUGACACACAGUGAUGUGCACAUACCAAUUCAUAUCACCCUCAAAGCUGUUUAAAUGUAAUAUUGUGAAAUUUGAACCUGUAUUAGGUUGUGGCUCUUCUUGGUAACAUGUAAUCGUAAUAUAAAUGUAAACAGUAUAUAUAUAAACAUUAUAUCUAUUUUUGGAAUAAAUCCAGUGUAUGGGAAGGCGGUUGUUUUGCAGGUUGCAACGUGUGUAUCGUAUGUGUGUGUUGUACUGUUGAAAUGAGGCAAUAAUGAUGUCUGUGUUUCGGUUACUAGCCCAGCAUCAGCUCCUGAUCCUCUGCUACAUGCUUCCUACAUGGAGGUUUGGAAGUGUGCGUGCGAGCGAGCAUGAAUGUGAGUCUGCAGUACGUCUUCCAUAUUGUUUACCUAAAGGAUAGUUCUGGUUUUUGUCAACUUGGGUCUCGAGAUUUUAAGUCAUAGCUUUGAAACAAACUACCAGAAAAUUGAACUUGAACAUAAAGUAGUAGAAAAACAUUAAUCACAGUCUGUAUGAAAUAUGUCCAGCUUCAACUUUGACUUUUUAAUCAUGUGUGCACACAGUUCUUUACAUAUGUAAUGAAGGAUUAUUGACAACUAGAGUGGAAAAAAUGUGUUAUUUAAUCCAAUCUUAAUUUGAGAGGAACUAUCUUUUCCCAAUCUCUGCCUAAUUGAAGCUCCUUUUUAAAAGUCCAGUGUGUAGGAUUUAUGGGAUCUAUCAGCAGAAAUAGUGCAUAAACACCUGGAAUUAACAAACAUUGUGUUUUUGUAACCUUCCACAGAGUCUACCAUGUUGCACCACCAUGUUUUUACAGUAGGCCAGACCCAAUGACUGUAUAUAAAGAUGGAUGAAAUAACAGUUGGUGAACGGAUAAAACAUAGGUCAUAUCCCCAUGUUGGCAGAUUGGACAUGGGCUAAACCAAAUGGACAAAUACAUUUUUUCCAAAGAAGUUUUCUCUCAUUUUAGGUACUUAUUCACACUGAUGUAUGUGUAACUGUUCAUUGUUUCUUUUAAGUUAUUUGAUGCUAUAAAAACAGCAUUUUCAUGUUGGCCAUCCAUCCGUUAACUUCGCAAUAUAAAACUUCAACAUUAGAUGCUACUAAAUCCUACACUGUUAAUCUUUAAUGUGAGGAUUUGUAGCUUUUCUUUGUCUAAUGUGAUAAUAAACUGAACAAACUAUUUCCUGACAAACAAAAACACUGUAGAUCAAAGAUGCCCUGUUGAGUUUUCUCCUAAACAAAUAACGGUUGUUUAUAUUCGGUGUUGCUCACUAAAAUGCAUCGUGUUUAUACUAACAGAUGUGUUGAGUGCAUUUCCUUUCUCAAAAAAACUCAAAGCAGACAUUUUAAAUCCUGUGUUGUCUACAUUCAUGUUUACUUGUUUGCUGUCUUCCGCCAUUGACUUGUUUAAAAUCUGUCCAAUUGUCUGACGAGUCGUAGUCACUCCAGCCAUAACCAACAGAAACCAUCAAAUUGCUUGACCCAAGUUGAAAUAAACCAGACUGAUCCCUUAAGUCUGCGAAUGCUGUACAUGUCGUGCUUUUCUUUAUCUUUCUCCUCGUCUCUCUUUCUCAGGGCAGGAGUUGAUUUUAGUUGCGUAAAUGCCAACAGAACGAUACACGUAGAUUGUUGUAUUUAUUUUAAAAGCACCUUUUUCAAAGAAGCACUUUUGGUUUGUAUUUAGUGGUUUGGCUAACCACCAUAUUAUUCCCUGGUGGGAAUGUUUGACUUGAACGCUUGAAUCAUGUAGAUACUUAAGAUAUAUUUUCUCUUCAAUGCUUUCUGCCAAAGUGUGUCUUCCCGCCAGUGUACAACUGGUUUUCAUAUCUGUGAAGUAGCCUCCUUUUUCUCGCAGUGGUCUUACAGGUCUAGAUUUAUCUGAAGCCGUCUCUGUUUGAUCCCUUCCUCUUGUUUUUAUUCUUUGAAAGUCAUGUGACGGGGGUUAUCAGCGGUAGAAGACGAUGCCACAUGUAAAAAGACUUUGAAGUUUCAUCUUAGAUCACGACGCUUUUAUGUGCUCAGCGCUUGUUUGAAGUGGAACUGCACCGAGAAUUAGCACUGCUGCAAGUCAGGGUUAGAAGAAAAAGAGGGCUGGUUUUUUUUUGUCAGGGUUUUGUGCACUGUCAAUUUUUGCGUCUGACCCUUACCUUUGUAUUUUUGUGCACUGUGUUUCCUUCACCUGGUGAGUGUGGUGCGUGUGCAGUCUAGCUACGGGUACGGUGUGAUGUUAUGCAUUAUGACAUGAGGUACGAUACUGUCAUCUUUAAGUGCCAUUAUGUUUGCACAUUAGCCUCAUUCACCUCAAUGGGAAUAUGCUGUGUUGAACAUACAAGCCCAGAAUCUUUUUGAUGGGACAAUGGGUGUUAAGCUUUUGCUUCAUCCCGUUGUCUGUUACUUACACUUUGGUUUAAAUCUCUCCUAAUUUAGCUUCUUAAAUCCGUGUGCUAGUGUGCGUGUGUGUGGGAAGUGGAGUGAAAGACAGCUGUGUCGUACAAUACUCUUCGUUCGCAAAGCGGACUGAUGCUGGUGAUUUUAUUUUGUUUUCAUUUAGAGAGUAAUGUGUCUAUUACCUGUUGUCAAUUUAGCUUGAACAUUCAGAUAUGAACUUAAUAAAUGUCAAGACGAAAAUAAA